UGCUGGCGCGAAUGGGCGUGCAUCGGAUAAAAUUUCCAAGAUUACUUGGCGACACAAAGGCCAAGUUUUAUUCCAUUGCAGGUUUUCCAAAUGUUAUUGGUGUCAUAGACUGCACCCAUGUGAAAGUUCUGGCACCAAGAGAAUAUGAGGCUGACUACGUAAAUCGCAAAGGCUACCAUUCACUCGAUGUACAGAUGGUGUGCGAUUCUGGCUAUCGUUUUCUGAACGUGGUGGCAAAGUGGCCAGGAAGUGUGCAUGAUGCCAGGAUAUUUAGAAAUUCCUUACUUUGUCAGCAUUUAGAAAACGGAACUCUUGAUGGAUGUAUCUUGGGUGACAGUGGGUACCCCAGUAGACGUUAUCUGAUGACCCCUUACUUACAAACAAGGAACAGGGCACAGGAAAGAUACAACCGAUCACUACUGAGGACCAGGGUUAUUGUGGAGCAGGCAUUUGGCGUUUUGAAACGUCGCUUUGCUUGCUUGGCGUAUGGCCUGCGAUGCCACCCUGGAAGAUGCUGUAGCAUUAUCAUUGCUACUGUAUUCUUACACAAUUAUGGACUUGACUGUGGUGACAUCUUGGAACCCAAUCAGGAUAUGGAUGUAAAUCAACCCCCCAACAUUGUUCAUCAAGAAAACAACAAUGGAAUUUAAUACAGGGAUAUAUUUGCUGAACGUUAUUUUUCUUAAAAGUUUUCCUUGCAUGUAUAUACAUAUGUGUCGCGUUCUGAAAAAAACUGGGCAUAAUGCAUGUACAUAAAGUGUUGUCCCAGAUUAGCCUGUGCAGUCGGCACACGCUAAUCUGGGACAACACUUUACGCAUAUGCAUUAUGCCCAGUUUUCUCAGAACGCAACUCAUAUACAGACAGGAAAUGUUUAUGACACAGGUAUGCCCCCC